AUGUCGUCAACACGACAUUCGUUCGAAGCCAGCGACAUCAAAGAUAUGGAUACAACAAAACAGAUUGAGGUAUCUGAGGACUUUACUUGGACGCCCGAGGAAGAGAAGCAGUUGGUAAAGAAAAUUGAUUCUUUCCUGCUUCCAACCAUGUGGUUGAUGUAUCUGUUGUCCUAUAUGGACCGCACAAAUAUUGGCAACGCAAAAAUUGCUGGCAUGGCCACUGAUCUGGGUCUGACUUCCAAUCAGUACUCAAUUGCUCUAGUUGUCUUCUUUGUUACAUAUGUCGCCUUUGAACCGCCUUCAAAUAUGCUCUUGGUCCGACUGAAGCCUUCCGUAUAUCUUCCCGUCAUCAUGGCCAUCUGGGGUGCCUUGACUUGUGUUAUGGGUACUAUCCACGAUUUUAAGCAUCUCGUUCUGCUUCGUAUCUUUGUUGGUGUCUUCGAAAGUGGCUUCGCUCCUGGUAUCAUCCUCAUCAUCUCGUCCUGGUACAAGAAGGACGAGCAGUCGAAACGCUUUGGUGUGUACAUGUCGGCCGCCAUUCUCAGCGGCGCCUUUGGAGGUCUCCUUGCCGGUGCUAUCACUGGAGGUAUGGAGGGAACUGGUGGUUUACGAGGCUGGCGUUGGCUGUUCAUCAUUGAAGGAGCUGCAACUAUCGUCUGGGCUGGAAUAGCCUCUUUCCUCCUUUUGGACUUUCCAGCGAAUACCAAGCGGUUGACUGAUCGCGAGCGACUCAUCGCUACUGCACGUCUCCGAGGAAGUGGUAUCCAGACAUACGUGAGUGGCGACGUAAGAAUCGGCAAGCUAAAGUCCUUCCGCCUUGCAAUCAUGGACUGGAGGACUAUCGGACUUGUCCUCGGUUAUAUGGUCAUUGUCGGCUCUUCCACCCUUUCCUACUUCUACCCCACGCUGGUCAACGGCCUCGGCUACAAAGACACUGUCACCGCACAGUACAUGACUGUUCCCAUCUAUGCCGUCGCAUUCGUCUGCACUGCAGUAACGACAUACUUUGCCGACUCUAUCUCUAUGCACCGUGGCCUAGUCAUUGCAUGCUGGCUCACAUUUUCGCUCAUAACCUCUAUCCUGGUCUGUGUGAUUUACAACUUCACAGCACGUUAUGUCCUCCUCGUCCUCAUGGCUGCCGGUCUGUGGUCAUCCAACGCCGUUUCCCUAUCGUACGCCAGUGCAACAUUUGGAUCCAUGGAGCCUGAAGUCAGGGCUAUUGCUAUCGCGCUUGUCAAUGCGCUUGGAAAUCUGGCGCAAAUCUACGGCGCAUACCUUUUCCCGGAUGAUGACAAACCAAAAUAUCUCAUGGGCUUUGGCGUUAUCUCGGGAAUGCUGGGUUUUGGUGUUGUUGUGUAUAUCUUCCUGCAUGUAACUUUGAGGCGCAAGGAUGGUUUGAAAAGUUUCUUCUAG